AUGAAGGACAAUGUCCUAGUCGGAGUUCUUCUGGCGGUAGCGCUGGUAACCCCAGCCUUCGCAUGGUUGUUCUACAUUUGGCAUCGAUCACAUGUGGCCCGAAUGCAUCAAGAAGGCCAAAUCUUCAACAGAAGAAACCAAGAUCGCGCCCAAGCCAACUAUGAACCCGCAAAUGGAGCCCAAGGCCCUAUAUUUGGACCAUACUUUACCCCUAGUGGGUGGGUUCGCCCAAAGACCAGAGGAUUAUCCCAUGACCUGCGUCCGCCACAGUAUGUUCACCCCCGGCAGCCCACGUUUACCGGCAACCCAAAUUCUGACCAACAUUUCCAAGGACCCAACCGAGUGAGCACCCAUAGUCCUCCUCACACGGCGAACCAGCAGCCGAAUCCGUUAUCCAAACGGCAGCAAAGGAAGCAACGGGCGCUGCAAAACAAACAAAAGCAGCAACGGGGAAGAGAGCAGCAGAAAAGUCAGAAUGAGCAACGGGGCAAGCAGAACCAAAACCAGCACAAGCAGAAAAACAAGAAACAAGGCCAGAAUCACCAGAAAUCACCCAAUGCCCACUCUCCCAAAGUCCAGGAGCACGAGGACGAGCAGUACAAUCUGUGGAAAAACACAGAAGGACAAAAUGACCAAACUAGCAACCAUGGUGGAAGUGGCUGGGGAAAUGAGGAAACCCCACAGGAUAAUCAAGACAAUACUGGCCGGAACAACAACAACAGCGACUGGGGCAACAAUUUCAACAAUGACCAAGGAGAGCAGAGAAAUAGUGCAUCGGGUUCCCCACGGCGAGGCUCCCAAGAAAACCACAAUAGCCCACGGGAAAGGAGCUCUCGAUGGGACAACAGCCGCCCUGCAUUUCCAGAUCGAGCGUCAGGAAACGACGUGGAGUUCCUUCGUGGUGGUUGGGGUCAGAGUGACAAUGGUGCACAACGAAACAGUCAUUCACGAAACAACCAUUCUAACGAAGACAACAAUCGCUACGAUGGAUGGGGAGACGAUACUACGAAAAGUUACCACAAGAAAGACAAACGUAACCACCAUGUGUCUCCAGAGCGAAAGUCAAGAGGUCGAUCAAGUCCGAACCGCGACUGGGGGCAAAAUAACCACAGGGAACGGGCCAACAGCCGCAACAGGUCCAGAUCUAACUCUUGGGGACAUGCAGAAGAACGCCGUGGCCGUGGCAGUCCAACCUGGAGUCAAGAUAGAAAUGUGCACCGGGACAAAAAGAAGAAGAAGAAGAAGAAGGAGCGCUGGCAGAUUGAAUUAGAGGAGAAUGAGAAGAUGCGUCGUAGUCGAAGCCGUUCGCGCGAACGCUCGGAUGCAGGAUGGGAUAAUCGCAGUCAGGGUUCCGGCUGGAAAGAGACACAAAAAUGGUGA